GACAUAUACUGUGGGAGCAAAUCGGUCGUAUUUAAAGACACAUCAUCACUUUAACCGCUGUUUGACUAUCGGAAUGCACGAGUUAUGGGGCCUAUAGUGACAUAAGAAGCUUUAUGAAGUCACUCGCACUCGCUGAUAAUCUUCUGAACUUUGUACAGUUUUGCUGUGGUGUUGCUCGGUGAAGUUACUCAGUUGACAAGUUUCACUCAAUCUAUCCACUCUCGCAUCAACGACAAAAUGACAGGAGGUGGUGUGUUGAGUAUUCGAGAGGUGAAUGCUCUCGAAAUUGAACAGUUCGAGUGGUUGUUCGGUAACGUGAUAGAACAUUGCUCAGAAGCAGCUCGUGCAGUUGCCCUUCAGAGACCUUUUGCAACAGUUCGAGGGUUUAAAAAAGCGUUUGGUGAUUACUUGGAUGCGCUUGAUAUAUACGGAAAAGAAUCCGUAUUAUUGAGCCACCCAGACUUAGCUGGUAAACUCUGUGAUGAAAAAAAAAUGACGCAAGAAUCUGAAAGUGAGCAAAACAUCGCGGGAAUCAACGCAAUGACCAGGGAGGAGAGAUUUGCACUUAAUAAUCUCAACCAAAUGAGUUUCGACUUUCUCAGGAUGACUGAUGAAUUAAAUCAAGAGGAGCAUGAAGGCACCUCUCAUCAGCACGAUCAUUCGCACUGGAAGCGAAUUUUCCAGGAAUAUGAUCUCAACGGUGAUGGGAAAAUUUCGUACAUUGAACUCAAGGCGAUGACCAGGGAUUCUGAUGCCACUGAUGACAUCUCACCUACAGUGAUGAGACUGACAAUGCACAAAGCUGAUGUUGAUGAGUCAGGGUAUCUGGAUUACCCAGAAUUUAUGAGCAUGGUGCAGGGAAAAGACAGGCUGGGAGUCUUUGAGCGUUUCUUGAGUCAGUAUGUCGAUAGUGUGGUCCCCAACAGGCCCCCUCCGACCCCACAAUUGACUGAGCGACCUUCUCUAAAUGUACCUGACAGGCGAUACGAGAAGGAAUAUCGGUUUCGACCGCCUCCAUUAACUAUGAUCAUCAUAUCAAUUAUUGAAAUUAUCCUGUAUAUCUAUGAUAAACGAUAUGGUAGAGCUGGUGAGUUGUUCACUUAUCAACCCACUAAGAGAUACGAGGUAUGGAGGUAUCUGACGUACAUGUUUGUACAUAAUGGAACAAUUCAUUUAGUGGGAAAUUUACUGGUCCAAAUAAUGCUGGGAAUCCCCCUGGAAAUGGUCCACCGAUGGUGGCGUGUUCUUAUCAUAUACUUGGCUGGUGUGAUAGCUGGCUCCCUAGGAACAUCAGUGGUCCUUCCUUUCACGUCUCUGAACGGUGCAUCAAGCGGUGUUUAUGCACUGAUGACAGCCCAUCUUGCCGCAAUUAUAAUGAAUUGGCAACAAAUGAAAUGGGCGGUAUUGCAAAUCAUUGGAUUCGGUAUUCUAGCGACUUUGCACAUAAUACCGAAUAUUUAUCAUCGUUAUGUACUCCAUGAAACCAAGGGAAUUGGGUAUGAUGCACAUUUAGCCGGUGCCCUUGCGGGAUUGUUAGUUGGGAUCAAUGUUCUUCGUAAUCUUAAGGUGACAAAGUGGGAACGAGUGGUUUGGUGGGUCAGCAUCCUCACUUAUACUACUCUCAUGACUGCUGCAAUACUUUGGAAUAUCUGCAGGACGCACUGAGAGCUGCCUUGGAAAGUCCAAAACCAAAUUUUUUUUCUGAAUACAUUAUGGCACUAGUUAAGAGUCUCUCUCUGCGUAAGUAGUAUGUCCGUUCCUUUGUGCGACCGGACGUACUUCUGUUCCCAUACGGAGAGAAAUAUUGUAAAAAGUGGGGAACCCAAAUUUGAGGGGCGGCCAUUUAUUCUCUGAUUAAACAAAUAUAAUGUUAAGGAUGCGAUGAUAUGGAUGACGAAUGACAGUGAUUUUAUAACUAUAAGGGGGGAAAAUUGUUAUUAUUGUAUCAAUUAGAUGGGAAAUUAUGCGCUGAAGUGUAAGAAAGUUUUUUAUGAAAUGUUAUUUAGUUCUAUUAUGAUCCAUAUUGGCUAUACUUUUGGAAAAAGUUUACUGCUAGUAC